UUGAAUCUGUAUAACAGCGAGCAUGCAAACAAAUGGUCGAAUUCGUUUCAUAAACAUGCGGUGCUUCCGACUUUCCCCUGCCCCCCGUGUGACAUAUGACACUGUCGGGAAAUCAAGGCGCUAAAUACCCCACCAAACCUCUUGGAGGGGCAUCAACCCACGUUGCUUUCAUUUCACAGCGACCAUUGAACUCCUUGCUAAAACCCGUCACAUCGUAACAAACCUUCGCAGGAAAAACCACUUCUUAUCCUUAAUUGCCAAGAUGUCUCUCUCAAACAAACUCUCAAUCACUGAUUGCGACCUCAAGGGCAAGCGGGUGUUGAUCAGAGUCGAUUUCAACGUCCCUCUUGAUGCCGACAAGAACAUCACCAACAACCAGCGUAUCGCCGGAGCCAUCCCAACGAUCAAAUAUGCUAUUGAUAAUGGUGCCAAGGCCGUCAUCCUCAUGUCCCACCUCGGACGACCCGACGGAAAGGUCAACGACAAAUACUCCCUGAAGCCCGUUGUGCCAGAACUGUCGAAGCUUCUUGGUGGAAAGAAGGUCGAGUUCGCACCGGACUGCGUCGGAAAGGAGGUUGAGGAGAUCGUCAGCAAGGCCAGCGACGGACAGGUCGUCCUCUUGGAGAACUUGCGUUUCCACGCCGAGGAAGAGGGAAGUUCCAAGGAUGCCGAUGGAAAGAAAGUCAAGGCAGACAAGGCUAAGGUAGAGGAAUUCCGAAAGGGAUUGACUGCUCUCGGAGAUAUCUAUAUCAACGACGCUUUCGGAACUGCUCACAGAGCUCACAGCUCUAUGGUCGGUGUUAACCUCCCUCAAAAGGCCUCUGGAUUCCUCAUGAAGAAGGAACUCGACUACUUCGCACAGGCCCUCGAGAACCCUCAGCGACCUUUCUUGGCUAUUCUAGGUGGAGCGAAGGUCUCCGACAAGAUCCAACUCAUUGACAACCUCCUCGGCAAGGUUAACAGCCUUAUUAUCUGCGGUGGCAUGGCAUUCACAUUCAAGAAGACAUUGGAGAACGUCAAGAUUGGUAACAGUCUGUUCGACGAGGACGGAAGCAAGACUGUUGGCGACCUCGUUGAGAAGGCCAAGAAGAACAACGUCAAGAUCGUUCUACCAGUCGAUUAUAUCACUGCGGACAAGUUUGCUAAGGAUGCCAAAACCGGCACUGCUACAGAUGAGGAGGGUAUUCCAGAUGGAUGGAUGGGUCUUGACUGCGGACCAAAGAGUAUUGAGCUUUUCAAGAACACCAUCAACGAAGCCAAGACUAUCCUGUGGAACGGCCCACCCGGCGUCUUCGAAUUCGAUGCCUUCGCAACCGGCACAAAGGCCACUCUCGACGCCGCAGUUUCCGCUUGCCAGAACGGCAAGAUUGUCAUUAUCGGUGGUGGAGACACCGCGACCGUGGCGGCCAAGUACAAGGUAGAGGAUAAGCUCAGCCAUGUAUCGACCGGUGGUGGGGCAUCUCUCGAACUGCUCGAGGGCAAGGAGCUCCCAGGUGUCACUGCUCUGUCGAACCGCCCUCGUCAGUCCAGCUUGUAAAGAAAUUGGUCAGGCCCGUUGCCGUACAUAGCGCAGAUCACAACGAUUGGAUGACCGUUUUUGUCUCGUACAUCGAAUGCCAGUGAUGUCCAUUGCAUGCUACCCUUGUGAAUAGUGAUCUCUUGUAUUCCCGUG